AUGAUGUUUUCUUUACAAUUCAAUCAGUUUUGUUCAUCUCACUCUGUUGUGCUCAACUUAAAAGAAUACACAAUGUAUUUUCCGCACAUUAUCACUUACUUAAUUGCAACUUUAGCGAUUGAACGUGCCAUAUCAUUCAAUGUGGAGGUAAUACCAUCGCCAAAAGCAUUGGUCGGCGUUCGAGCUCACUGGGAUGAAGCGAAGCAAAGUUUAUAUUAUUGUGAUGUUUAUGGCAAUGAAUCUUCAAUAUUGCGCUAUGAUUACAAUGAAAAUAAAGUCUAUACAGCUGGAAUCGAUGGAGAAUAUGUUGUUCCAUUUAUAAUUCCCAUUGCAAAUUCCACUGAUAAAUAUGCUGUUGGCUUGGGAAAAAGAGUCGGAGUCGUAACUUGGGAUGGUAAAUCAUCGAAGGCAACCCUCGAUUCAAUUGCAUUCGAAGUUGAUAGUGAUAAGAGUGAUAAUCGUUUUAAUGCAGCCAAAGCAGAUCCAUCGUGUAGAUUCUAUGGAGGCACCAUGCUUUCAGAGAAAGUUGCUGAUCCAUCCAAAAGUGCUGCUGGUAAAGUAUUUAAAUACGAAAAAGGUAAUGGUGUCAAUGAAGUGUUGGACAACAUUUACAUUUCAAAUGGCAUGGCAUGGGAUGAGAACAAAAAUAAGUUUUACUACAUCGAUUCGGGAAAAUUUGAUGUUAAGGAGUACGAAUACAAUCCAAACACUGGAGAUAUUGCCAACGAAAGAGUCAUUGUUGAAUAUAGUGUGAAUGGCAAAAUUCCCGAUUAUCUUCCGGCUGGACUAACUAUUGAUUCUGAUGGCAAUUUGUAUGUUACAUUUUAUGGAGGUUCAAAAAUACUUAAAAUUGAUCCAAAAGAUGGCAAAGUUCUUUUGGAAAUUCCAUUGCCGGUUAAGCAAGUGACUUCAGUUGCAUUUGGAGGACCCAAUUUAGAUACAUUAUAUGUGACAACUGCUGCACGUGACGACAAAGAAUCAGAAUUUGCUGGAUGCUUAUUUAAAGUGACUGGAUUGGUGGGUGUUAAAGGUUAUCCCGGUGAUAAAGUGUGCAUUUAAUUUGUGUACCAUUCAUUCCGCCGUGAAUAAGAAAGAAAUAGCGUCAUCGUUUAUAAAAAAAUUAAAGUUUAAAGCGAAUUAAAAUUGUGUAAUGAAAUAUUGGAUCUGUUAAACUCAAAGUAAUGAAUAUAACAUUUAAAUGUAGAAAGAAUUCGAAAAUGAA